CACCACUUUCCCUACAUCUACCAACAUCUACGAAUCAAAUACCUUCUCCCACCAACUCCCACACUAUCCGCCAAAAUGCCAUUCUGGUCUCGUCAACCCAAGGAAAAGCGCAGUUUCGAAAGCGAGUAUCCUUAUCGGCUAAAAAAAGCCCGAGAUGAUACACGCGGUUGUUGGAAAGGCACUGAUGUGGAAACAUGGAGAACCCGGGUCCAGAGGGAGGAAACCCAGGGAGUUGCCAUCUUACAACGCCAGCAUCGUCUACAACUCGAAUAUGAAGCAGCCAAGAAGCAGCAGCAGAUCAGCCAUGCGAGUUUCGGUCUCGGAUCCACGGAAGUCUGGCUUGACGAUACCCCUCCGCCCUACUCAGUCAACCCGAACAUCAUCGAGACACAACUGGCAACGCUUCGUGGAGAGUACUGGAAGCAUCAACAUCACGGACGUUUGCGUGGGUUGAGGGCCGGAGAAGAUGUGCUGACACGGGGGGAUGUUGCGGUCGAUCUUGUGGAUGCUGCGAAAGGGUUCUUUAUCGGCAUCAUCGGCCGGGGGAGGGAUUAA